CCAUCACUUUGUUUUUUAUGGUCUUUUUUUUAUUUAUUUAUUAUUCAUUAUUUAUUUGAAUUUAUUUAUUUUUGAUUAUUAUUUUCUAUUCUUGAUCAUGACUCUCCUUUUUAAUCUCUUCAUCUUCCAGUCCACUUUUUCUUUAUCUUCUUCGCUCUCUCCUUCAAUUACCUUCUGUCGUUCUCUUUUUAAUCUUGGUCUCUUCCCCGACCUUCGUUGACUUUGUUGUGUUCUCUCAUUCCACUCCGCCCUUCUUUAUCCCUCGGAUCGGUAUACUUACGGCUCUUAUCUAGCCGUCCGUCCUUCGCUUCCAUCCCACCCCUCCCCCUCUAUACCAUCGUAUAAUUUAUCCCACCAUGUCGUUGAUCCACUCCGACAACCUGGCGCCUCAGCCUGCUACGGAUAUCUUCACCGAUGACACCUGCAUCGAUAGGCGCAAGUGCCACCGCACCGUGCCCAUGAAGGUGCUGGCCCUGGGUGUGGGCCGAACAGGAACUGCCUCUCUCCGCAUUGCUCUGGAGCGUCUGGGCUACAUGCGAUGCUACCACAUGAUGUGCGCCAGUAUGGAGAACCCGCCCGACUGCCUGAUGUGGCACGACGCCCUGGCGGCCAAGUACGACGGCGUGGGUGAAUUCGGUCGCAAGGAAUGGGACCAACUGCUGGGUGACUGCCAGGCUGUCUGCGAUUGGCCCGCCUGCGCGUUCGCAAAGGAACUCAUCGAAGCCUACCCCAACGCCAAGGUCAUCCUGACCACCCGCGAAGUCGACUCCUGGCACGCAUCCGUCAUGAAGACCGUCCACUGGCGCGUCUCCGACCCCGAACACAGCUUCGUCUCCAACUUCAGCUGGGCCGCCAGCAUGUACUACCCGAUGCUGAGCAAGUUCUUCGAGACCUUCUUCCGCGGCGACUUCCCCAACAAGGGCAAGCAGGUCUACGAGGACCACGUCGCCUUGGUCCGCUCCCUGGUUCCCCCCGAGCGUCUGCUCGAGUACCAGAUCGGCGAAGGCUGGGGCCCGCUGUGCGAGUUCCUUGGCGAGGACGUCCCCGACACGGCCUUCCCCCGCGGCAACGACAUGGCCGACUUCUUCAAGCGCUGCCGCGGCCGCAACCGUCGCCAGAUGCUCAACGCUGCCCUGCAGGCUGUCACGAUGGGCGGUGCCUUGCUGGCGACUGGCUUGGCUGCCACUAUGGCGUUCAAGCGGUUUGUCCGGUAAAAUUUUUUUUUUUUUCUUUUUGUUCAUUUUUCUUCUAUCUCAUGUGAUAUCAAGCGUGCGCUGGGCGCAGUGAUGUUUUCCUUUUACUAUUUUUUAUUUUCAUUUUCAUUCUCAUACUUUUUCUACUUUACAUUUUAUCUUGGGAGUGGACAGGCCUCGGAAUCAUCUUUAAUCGCUUUCAAAACUUGGCUCCAUGAUCGGUGUGAUGGCG